AUGUCUGAAGAAAAUAUACAUUUAGACGAACUUGACAAUAUUAACAUAUAUACUGAUCCUCGAGUCCAGUGGCUUAAGGAACGUACCUUGGCUUAUACUGGAGUAGAAAAAGAGAGUGUAUUCUACAAUAUGAUAGCAGACAGGGAAAAUAAAAAAAAAAUGAUUCAAUUCUUAACAUCCCCUAUAGAAUGUCAUGAACAUAACUUGAACAAAAAAACUUUCUAUGUUUCCAAAGUUGUUGUAGACGAACUCAUUUAUGAAGAUAAAGAGUACACAGAGUGGAGAAUUAUUCCCCCUCCACCACCGCCGCCGCCAAAGCAAAAGAAAAAGAAAAAAGGUAAAAAAAGUCCUGAACCAGUGGUGGAACCCGAGCCAGUGGUAGACGCUAAGAGUGCUAAAAGCUUGAAAAGCGCGAAAAGCUUAAAAAGCGCAAAAAGUCUUAAAAGUGCGAAAAGUCUUAAAAGUGCAAAAAGUAUGAAAGCACCCGAGGAGGAGCUUGAUCCUGACGUAGAUGGAACUUUGGAAUUCUAUACAGUUGUUCGAUCUGUCCCACGGGUGAUUCAAACCCCGAAGCUGUUCCCACUCUUUGGUGCAUUUAACUAUCCUAUAAUCCAUCGCAAUCGCCGAUAUGUGUACUUCGUACGGCUGACACAAGACGAAAUACCCUUAGCUGAUACUCCAAAGAAUACUAAGCUCAGGAUGUCAGACUACGUAUUAUCCGGCCUAAUAUUGGGAAGAAUGCUGUCAAUUCUCGGGAAGCAGUUACGAGAGGCUUUCAUACCUCUCUUUGAGAAACAGUUUCGCGAGGUAACAGUUUCAAAUAUGGAUCCAAGCCAAGUAGUCUUGGCUAGACAAGUGAGCUACGCUGGUGGGCAUCAUCACGAGGAUGAGAGCGGUUCUCAGGAGAGUUCUUUCUCAACAUUCGAGUCAACAGGACAAAAGAAAUCCACCGCCGAUGAAAUCACAUCAGAAAUAAAGGAGCUUGUGGGAAUCGUGGAUUGGACAACAGAACACAUAGAAGGUGAAAUCCAGCUUCCGAUGCCGAACAUUCCAAUGCUCACAGAAGAACAUCGCGGUGUUGUAGAGUUUGUGGACCCAGAGAUGGUUGAGCAACUCCAAGAAACCGUCGUAAUGUGGCAAAGUCACAUCGACGCUAUUAUAGCCACUUGUUUGGGAAAGACACGUGAAGGGGAAGGACCAGUUGCGGAAUAUAGAUAUUGGCGCGAGCGAGAUGCGGAACUGUCCCUGCUAGUGGAGCAGCUGAAGCAACCCAUGGUUGUUCGAAUACUCUUCUUAUUGACGAAGUCUAACUCAACGUACCUCGAGGGGUUCAACAGCAACAAGGAGAGAUUGUUAGAACAAUACAAUAUGGCUAGCGAUAACUUGAAAUUCCUCUCUACUUUAAUGAGAUUCUUUACUGUACUUGAAGAUGAAGCACCGUUAACCCAAGUUAUAGAGAUCCUGCCAGAAUUAGUGGAGAGUGUCUACAUGAUGUGGGUGCUGUCUAAAGGAUACAGAACUGAUGAAACCAUGGUGCCGCUCAUGUCUAGAAUUUCUUGGGCAUUGUGUGAUAAGCUACAAAGAUUUCUAAACGUCCAUAAGCUCUUUGAUAAACCAAAUGACGAAGUACUGGCCUUAGCUCGAGCUGGGCAGAAGAUAAUGCUGAUGUGGCAUGAUUUGUACAAGGAGACUCGUCGCCAGAUCGAGCUUUGCGGUAAAGGUGCUCGCUGGGAAUUCGACCAACCCUAUUUGUUCACGCGAACAGAUUACAUCGGUUCUGUCGCCAAAGACUUAGGUGAUGUUGUACAGGUGCUCAUUGACUUUGAGCGUAUUUUCGGCCUCGAAUUGCAAUCGAUUAUAAGCGAUCCAACUCAAAUAGACGAUGUGCGCAAGCGCGUCAAAAACCUCGUAUACCCAAUACGAACGAUUGACUUCAGCGUUUUCAAUUUCGAUAACAAAGAGAACUGGGAUGUUAUUAUGGGUGAUUUUUGGCGUGAAGUUAAAUAUCUAGAAGCAGAAGCAACUAAUUAUAUAAAUGCUAGCUUUGGUAAUCUAAGGUCAGCAGAAGAGGCGCUCACAGUAUUAUUGAAAUUUCUUGAAUUCGAUACGCGAGAUUCUAUCAGGCGUCAACUGUCAACCAAGUUCGACCUUGUCAUGAGACAAUUCAUAAAGGAGAUCACCGCUGUCGAUGAUAAAUUUACUCGCCAACGCAAAAACCCGCCGCUACUUCGUAACCAUCCACCUGUAGCUGGUGCUAUUUAUUGGGCUAGAGCGCUCUUCAAUAGGAUGAAACAACCAGUUAUGAAAUUUCAAAAAGUGCCAGAACUUAACGACUGCGAGCAGAAGAAGGAAGCCUUCUUGCAAUAUAAAGCUUCAUCUAAAGUUAUCAAAGAGUACGAGGAGACGAAGUACAAGGAGUGGGUGCAGGGCGCCUCUGACUUUGUUGAUAACAUGAUGAAGAAGAAUGUUCUUAAAGUAGAAUUUAAAAAAGAAGCUGAGGAAACAAAACCGCCUGCCAGAGGCAUGCAGCUGACAGCGGCGGGUCGGGCGCACGUCAAAAAGAAAGCCUCCAUCACAUCGCUCUCUCCCAUCGACAUUGUUAAUAAAGAAAUCGCUGAUAAACGACGCAGGGACAAAGCCCUGAUGUUGAUGAGAAUACCCGGCCAACAUUACGAGAAUGUAAGAUCACCUAGCUCAGUGUCUCUACUAGCUAAAGAAGGAUUGACAGACGUCACAUGGCGUGACCUGACCGUACGUAAGCUAAUGCAGGAGUACGAUCUGGAGUUCCAUCCCAAUUUUGACAGAGAUAUAUUCUUGAUAAUACAAGAAGCUGAACUCAUGGAACAACUGGGUUUUGACUUACCAUCAAACAUUCGAGACGUAGCUAUGCAGAAAGCUCGUAUAUAUUACGAGUUAGAAUCAUUAACGGAUGUAAUAAAUAAAUACAAUGCCAGCGCUCAAGCCCUUAGCCCUUCAGAAACACAUCUUAUGAAGCGCCACUUGUUGGAUAUGGAGAGACAUAUACUGCCCGGACUGACCAGGGUCACUUGGACUGCACUUGGUAUUGGAGAGUAUAUCAAGGAUAUUACUAAAGGUGAAAACUCUUUGAGAGCUGUGUAUAAACAGUUAAAAAUGGUGGAGAAAGAGAUCCAAUUCCUCAUCGAUCAGCUAGAAGCUUUUGAUUUAUUUCCAGUUGUUCGACCCCAGAACUAUAUAGAUCCUAAAACUCAAUUGCCAGAUCCGGAUUGGUUGUAUCCUUGUAAGGCUUACUUUGUGGAAAUAGAGAACGAGCGUUUAGAGCGAGUGGCGAGCCUCUCUCGUAUUUACGAACGCAUCGGUCCAAUUCUGAUGAAGCUGGAGUAUCUGAUUUUAGGCACCAGUACUGGUCGUACAGCGGUCAUGACCAGUUACUAUUCGUUCUGGGAGCAGAGGAUAUUUAAAUGUCUUGUGAACUUAGUGCUAGAGAAUCUGCAAGAUUUUCAGCAGAUGCUCAGUGAAAAGAUGCCGCUGUUCCAAGUGGACGCAGUGCUCGUCCCGCCAGAUAUCACGAUGCGGCCCACGCAGGCCGAAGUGUGCAACAUUCUCGGACUCACGUCUUUCCCGCGUUGGAUGAAAAGUACAUGUCUACCUUGCGCUCCACAAGCGAUUACCGAAGCAACUGGCAAUGAGUUCUACGUGUUUUCGUACUUUGAAGACAUCCUUCGUGUUACGGCUAUUAACGAUAUCACUAUACUCAUACAGGACACUAUCUACAGACUUACUCUUGACAUCAACUCGUAUAUACAAAAAUGGCUGAAAUACCAACACCUCUGGGCCUUCGACAAAAACCUAUCCUGUGAAAAAUAUAUCCAAAAAUAUGAGCAAAUAUUUAAAUAUGACGAAAAGUUUUUCUUUUUCGAAGACAUAAUAAGUGAUUUGGACAAGCACGUCAAAUUCGUAGAUGUUGGUGCUAUAAGAGUAAACCUCAGGCCUAUUAUACAACAAAUUCAGGAGCAUGCGCAGGAGUGGAAAAAUAUACUAGGACGUUGUAUACUGGUUAAAACUAGAAUGAAUAUGCACGAGUUGAAAAAUCAAGUUGAGUCGCUACGUGCAACAGUUAACCUGAACAUCAAAGGGCUUGAAGACUUCAAACUUGUGAUGGCAACCAUCACUCAAGUCCAACAACUGGUUAUCACUGCUGAGGUCAAGUACCGCAAUAUGCAGGAGUUGUUCCACAUGCUCAGACAGCACGGCAUCGAGGUUGAAGACGAAGACCUGGUAUUCGUAGCAGGUCUCCAAACUUCCUGGGGUGAUUUGCAACAGACUUGUCUCUUCCGCGGGAACACGUUAGAGGACACCAAAGAAAAAUUCUCCCAGUUGAACGUUGUAGAGAUAGCAGCCUUUUUAAAAGAGUUAGAUGACUUUGUAGAAAAGUUUGACACUGAGGGUCCUGCGACAGUCGGUGAAGAAAUGGAUAGAGGCUCACUGCUUAUGGAGGAAUACAGCAAAUACUUUGAUGAAUUUGAGGCGAGAAAGAAGAUACUUCAGGCAGCUGAACAGUUAUUCGAUAACCCACUGGCAGACUUCUCGAAUUUCAAUCGCGCAAAGACAGAUAUGCUUGCAAUGGAGCAAGUGUACAAAAUAUAUAAAGCCCAGAAGAACGCGAGACAGCUGUGGGCCAAGACUCUGUGGGUUAAUCUAAACCCUCAAGCGCUCGUGGACGGUAUUGAGCAAUUUUUCAAAGAAUACAGAAAAUUGCCCAAAGCUGUUCGUCUCAGCCCGACUGGUCUUAUGCUUGACACUAAAAUGAAGCAGUUCAAGAACGUUGUGCCCCUUAUGGUGUCGCUUAAAAACGAAGCUAUGCGAGAGCGACAUUGGAAGGAGCUGAUGGCAAAAACCGGUCAGGACUUCGACAUGUCACCAGAACGGUUCACAUUGGAAAAUAUGUUCGCCAUGGAAUUGCACAAGUAUCAAGAUAUAGCUGAAAAUAUUGUUAAUUUUGCCAUAAAAGAGCUAGCAAUAGAACGUGGCGUGAAGGAUGUACAGGAUGCAUGGGAAAAUAUAAACUUCAGCGUGUCACGUCACUUCAAUCGUGGUGAAGACCGCGGUUAUACUCUCAACCCGUGUGAUGAAAUCACUGUUAAAUUAGACGACGACGCCAUGACGUUGCAGAGCAUGGCCGCCUCACAGUUUAUUGGUCCAUUCCUUUCUGUGGUGAACAAAUGGGAAAAGACAUUAUCUUUAAUGUCAGAAGUAAUUGAAGAGUGGAUGGCAACUCAACGCAAGUGGCUUUACUUAGAAGGCAUUUUCGUGGGAGGUGACAUUCGCGUUCAGUUGCCCGACGAGGCUAAGAAAUUUGAUGACAUUGACAGAAACUUUAGAAAGAUUAUGCUGGACACUGCGAAGAGACUUAACGCUGUUGAUUGCUGCACUAUGCCGGGUAGAUUGGAGGAAUUCAUCAACCUAGGAAUUGGACUGCAGAAAUGUCAGAAAUCUCUCAACGACUAUUUGGACUCUAAGAGGCGCAUAUUUCCACGUUUCUUCUUUAUUUCGACUGAUGAGCUAUUGUCCAUCCUUGGCAGUAGCGAAUGCUCUUGUGUGCAAGAGCACAUGAUCAAAAUGUUCGACAAUAUUCGUGCUUUAGAAUUGUAUGUUGAUCAUACAAAUCGUCCAGUCGCAUCCAAAAUGAUAUCAGCUGAAAAUGAGAUAAUGGACUUUCGCACCGUAGUAUACACAGAAGGUCGCGUAGAAGACUGGAUGAACCUUGUGCUUAAUGAAAUGCGUAGUUCCAACAGGUUUUUGUCCAAGAAGGCUAUAUUCUAUUACGGAAGAAACUGGAAAGUACCCAGAACUGAUUGGAUAUUGGAAUACCAAGGCAUGGUGUGCUUAGUUGCUAAUGGUGUAUGGUGGACGGCAGAAACUGAAGAGACUUUUAAACGUAUUAAAAAAGGCAAUAAGAGGGCCAUGAAAGAACAUUUGGCGCAACAAAAUGAACAACUGGACGGACUUGUAGUAAAAGUUAGGCUGGACUUAUCGCCAAACGAUCGUCUAAAAUUCCGGACUAUAACGACUAUUGACGUGCACGCCCGCGAUAUCAUCGAGGGGUUCGUGCGAGACAACGUGACUGAGGCGAGUGAGUUCGAGUGGGAGAGUCAGCUCAGGUUUUAUUGGCUUAAAAAGGACGACAACCUGUGGUGUCGACAAUGUACAGGAAUAUUUGAAUACGGUUACGAAUACAUGGGCUUGAACGGGCGCUUGGUGAUCACUCCGCUUACUGACCGUAUCUACCUCACCAUCACACAAGCGCUUACCAUGCAGUUGGGAGGAGCACCCGCUGGUCCCGCUGGAACUGGCAAAACUGAAACAACCAAAGAUCUGGCUAAAUGUCUUGGACUCCUGUGUGUUGUUACAAACUGUGGGGAGGGUAUGGAUUUCCGCGCGGUUGGACAAAUUCUGGCUGGUCUGUGUCAAUGCGGGGCGUGGGGUUGCUUUGACGAGUUCAAUAGGAUUGACGUCUCUGUGUUAUCCGUCAUAUCCACUCAGCUGCAGUGUAUAAGAAGUGCAUUGCUUAUGAAACUCAAAAGGUUCACAUUUGAAGGUCAAGAAAUAGCAAUGGAUUCAAAAGUGGGCAUUUUUAUCACAAUGAAUCCAGGUUAUGCUGGACGUACGGAACUUCCAGAAUCUGUAAAAGCUCUGUUCAGACCUGUCAUGUGUAUACUGCCAGAUCUUGAAAUGAUCUGUCAGAUCUCACUAUUCUCGGAUGGAUUCCUAACGGCCAAGGUAUUAGCCAAGAAAAUGACAGUGCUGUACAAAGUGGCUCGAGAACAACUAUCGAAGCAAUCUCAUUACGAUUGGGGAUUACGUGCUCUUACUGCAGUACUGCGUAUGGCCGGCAAGCUGCGCCGAGACUCGCCUGGCCUUAGUGAGAUUAUGGUGCUGAUGCGGGCGCUUCGGGACAUGAACCAUCCUAAGUUUGUGUUCGAGGACGUGCCCCUCUUCUUGGGUUUGAUCAAGGACCUGUUCCCUGGGCUAGAGUGCCCACGUGUUGGGUACCCAUCUUUUAAUACCGCUGUAGAGGAAGUACUCGUAAAUGAUGGAUAUAUUGUUCUAGCUCAUCAGGUGGACAAAAUAGUUCAAUUAUACGAAACGAUGAUGACUCGCCACUGCACCAUGCUGGUGGGGCCUACGGGCGGCGGCAAGACAGUCAUCCUACAGACGCUGGUCAAGGCUCAGACAAAUAUGGGACUGCCGACAAAACUCACGAUUAUAAAUCCUAAGGAUAAGAACGUCUUAUGUGACCAUCCGCUCAGUUACAGCUGCCUAUUACCACCUGCAGACAGAGAGGAACGUCGCUACUCUCUCUUCGACGGUGACGUCGAUGCGUUAUGGAUAGAGAACAUGAACUCUGUUAUGGAUGACAAUAAGCUGCUCACAUUAGCCAACGGAGAGAGAAUCCGCUUAGCACCAUAUUGUGCUCUGUUAUUUGAAGUUGGUGAUCUAAACUAUGCUUCACCGGCGACCGUGUCCAGAGCUGGCAUGGUGUUUGUAGACCCCAAGAACUUAGGAUAUCAACCCUAUUGGGAUAUGUGGCUCCGUGGCCGCACCAAUGAGGAGGAACGGGAACAGCUGGACGGUCUGUUUGAGCACUACGUAGCCGGUGCCAUAAACUAUAUCGUGUUCGGUUUGUUCGGUCUCCAACAACAGACGCCACUCAAGACUAUCGUCCCGCAGACACCACUCAAUCUGGUGACCCAGCUAUGCUACAUGAUAAGUGGUCUGAUGCCGAACAAAGCAGUGGAUGAAGAGAUUGAUAGAACUGUCGUCGAAUGCGUCUUCAUGGUGUCAAUGUACAACAGCCUCGGUGCGGCAAUAGUGGACCGUGGCCGGUUGGAUUUCGACAACUACGUUAAAAAGGCCUGUCCAAUGAUGCUGGUCGACGAUAAUCCAGAGAAGAAAGCAACUACAAAACAUUUUCCAAUGGGAUAUGCAACAUUAUACGAAUACUGCCUUGAACUUGACACUAAGAUCUGGGAAGCGUGGGAGUGGCUCGUUCCACCGUACCAGCACUGUCGAGAAACGAAGUUCCCGUCGAUAUUGGUACCCACAGUCGACACGUUGCGCAUGACUUGGCUUAUUAAGAUCAUGGAGAGCGUUGAACGACCAGUCCUAUUAGUUGGAGAAACGGGAACAUCCAAAACUGCAAUUAUUACUAAUUACUUGCGAGAAUUGCCACCGGAAAAAUAUAUUAUUCAACCAAUGAACUUUUCAUCGCGUACUUCUUCUAUGGAUGUACAACGUAAUUUGGAGUCUGUUAUCGAGAAGCGAACUAAAGACACAUUCGGACCGCCUGUCGGCAAGAAAAUGCUUGUAUUCAUCGAUGACAUGAAUAUGCCUAUCGUGGACACAUACGGCACUCAACAACCAAUAGCCCUUCUUAAACUACUGUUCGAGAGAAAAGGUUUCUACGAUAGGGGCAAGGAUCUUAACUGGAAAAAUUUGAAAGAUAUUGGCUUCUUGGCUGCCAUGGGUAAAGCUGGGGGUGGAAGGAACGAUGUGGACCCUCGUUUCAUCUCAAUGUUUUCGACAUAUAAUCUACAAUUCCCAUCAGAGACCACGUUGAAGCAUAUCUACAUAUCAAUCUUAGAAGGGCAUUUCGAGAUAUUUCCAGACGAGAUACGAGGAAUCGUCGAUAAACUCGUACUGUUGACGCUCGAAUUAUACAAGAUAAUUAUUGCCGAGCUGCCUGCAACCCCAGCCAAGUUCCACUACAUUUUCAACUUACGAGACCUGUCGCGUGUGGCGGCGGGCUUAUGUCUAACGCACCCUAAUUACUUCAGCGACAAGCGUUGCGUCGUGCGGUGUUGGCGCAACGAGUUCACACGGGUUAUAUGCGAUAGACUUAUCAGUGUACAGGACAAUGAACUGAUGCGAAGUCACAUCAGAGAACAGACAGUCAAAUAUUUCCCCGAAGACGAACCGGUAGUUCUGGAAGAAAUCGUGGUCACUGAAGACGAUGUAAAGGUAGAAGAGCCGGAAUUAGAUGAGUAUGGCGAACCGAUAAUAAAGGAACAGGAACCCAAAAAAGAGGCUGAGUCUGAAGUUGAAGUAGUAGAAGAAGAGGAAGUUCCAGAGGAGAAAGAGUUAACACUCGAAGAGUAUGUUUUCCGUGAUCCUAUGUUAUUUGGCGAUUUUAGAAACGCGUUGGAAGAGGAGGAGAUCAGAUACUACGAGGACUUACUUGACUAUGAAGCUGUCUAUUUUCUUUUCCAAGAGAUUCUUGACGAAUAUAACGAACGCAACAACAAACUAUCAGUGGUGUUGUUCGAGGACUGCUUGGAACAUCUGACGCGGACACAGCGCAUCCUCCGCAUGGACCGAGGCAAUGCUAUGAUCAUCGGUGUCGGGGGCUCCGGCAAGAAAUCCAUCUGCAGAUUAGCUGCGUUCGCUGCUGGUUGCGAAAUGUUUGAGAUCACAAUAACACGCAACUACAACGAGAACUCAUUCAAGGACGAUAUGAAGCGCCUGUACACCUCUCUUGGCUGCGACAAUAAGAAGAAUGUCUUCUUAUUCACUGCUGCUCAGAUAAUAGAAGAAGGUUUUCUAGAGUUCAUUAAUAACAUAUUAAUGAUCGGUAUGAUCCCAGCGUUGUUCGGUGACGAUGAAAAAGAUGGGAUCAUCAAUUCCGUACGAAAUGCGAGCGCCGAGGCAGGAUAUGGAGUAGCCAAGGAUGCAGUCUGGAAUUUCUUCUGCAAUAGAUGCACUGAUAAUCUUCAUGUCGUAUUAUCUAUGUCUCCUAGUGGUGAUAUCUUGAGAAACAGAUGUAGGAGUUUUCCCGGACUGGUGAACAACACGACAAUCGACUGGCAGUUCCCUUGGCCGAAGCAGGCGUUAUUAGCUGUCGCUAAUGUGUUUCUCGCUGACGUACAAAAGAUUCCAGAAGAAUUUCGUCCAAUAAUCGUGGAGCACGUUGUUCACGUACACAUGUCUAUCGCGUACUACUCCCUGGAGUUUUUGCUGCGACUCCGCAGGAACAACUUCGUGACGCCGAAACAUUACAUGGAUUACUUGACGAAUUACCUGUCACUGCUCAACGAGAAGGAUGCCUUCAUUACUGCACAGUGCGAGCGUCUAAUAGGUGGACUUGCUAAAAUCGAGGAAGCAAACGUCCAACUGGAUGAUUUGAAUCAGAAGCUCGCUGUACAAAAGGUCAUAGUGGCUGAGCAGACCAAAGAGUGCGAAGUUUUAUUGAAGGAGAUUUCAAAGGCGACGGAAGCGGCCGUCGCGAAACAGACGGUGGCGUCGAUAAAGUCCGCGGAGAUUACGGAGCAGAGCAAGGUGAUCAGCGAGGAGAAGUCGGAGGCGGAGGAGGCGCUGUCGGCCGCCAUGCCCGCGCUCGAGGCGGCGCGCCUCGCGCUCGCCGACCUCGACAAGAACGACAUCACUGAGAUUCGAUCCUUCGCCACACCGCCGGAGGCUGUGCAGGUCGUUUGCGAAUGCGUGGUUAUAAUCCGAGGUAUAAAGGACGUAAGCUGGAAAGGUGCCAAAGGCAUGAUGGCUGACCCUAACUUCUUACGUAACCUGCAAGAAAUGAACUGCGAUCUUAUAACUCAGCAACAAGUUAAAAGUGUCAAAGCUCAUAUGAAAAAGAGCAAGAAACUUGACACUAUGCAACAGAUAAGUAAAGCUGGCUAUGGUUUACUGAAAUUCGUAAUUGCCGUACUAGGAUACUGUGCGGUAUAUAAAGAAGUCAAACCUAAAAAGGACAAAGUAGAGGCUUUGGAGAAGGAAUAUACAGAAGCAUGCAAUUACUUGGCUUCGUUGAACAGAGAAAUUACCCGACUUCAGAAUACUUUGGAUGCUUUAAACACUAAGUAUGACACAGCUAUGCUCAGGCGUCAAGAGUUGCAAGAAGAGACUGAUAUUAUGAUGCGGCGGUUGAUAGCCGCUGAUAAGUUAAUGUCUGGAUUGUCGAGUGAACAGAAACGGUGGACCAUAGACUUGGCAGCAUUAUACGUGGAACAAUCCCGGCUGAUUGGGAACUGUUUGCUUUCAGCAUCUUUUCUCAGUUAUAGUGGCCCAUUUUCGUUCUCUUUUAGGCAAAUGAUGAUUUACGAGGAUUGGUUAGGUGAUGUGGUUGAAAAGGGUAUCCCCUUGACCCAACCGUUCACUAUUGAAAAGAAUUUAACCAAUGAAGUUGAGAUAAGUGGAUGGAAUUCUGAAGGUCUACCGCCUGACGAAUUGUCGGUACAGAACGGUAUCCUGACAACCAGAGCGUCGCGCUUUCCUCUGUGUAUAGACCCGCAGACGCAAGCUCUAACUUGGAUCAAGAAAAAGGAAGCCAAAAAUAAUCUCAAGGUUCUAUCAUUCAAUGACCCUCAGUUCUUGCGACAGUUGGAAAUGGCUAUUAAAUAUGGCAUGCCUGUACUGUUCCAAGAUGUUAAUGAGUACAUAGAUCCUGUUGUUGAUAAUGUACUUGAAAAGAAUAUUAAAGUGGAAAGCGGCCGGGCUUUCGUCUUACUGGGCAGCACUGAAGUGGACUACGACCCUAAUUUCCGCAUGUACUUGACGACUAAGUUAUCCAAUCCGCAGUUUAACCCCGCCGCCUACGCCAAGGCCGUAGUCAUCAAUUAUACUGUCACGUUACGGGGCCUAGAAGAUCAGCUCCUGUCAGUGGUGGUACGAGCAGAGCGUUCUGAUUUAGAAGAACAACGCGAAAGCCUGAUCAUUGAAACUAGUGCUAAUAAGAGCUUGCUGUCUGGACUUGAAGACUCGUUGUUGCGAGAACUCGCCACUUCUACUGGCAACAUGCUUGACAAUGUUGAGCUCGUGAACACUUUAGAGAAUACUAAGUCUAAGGCGGGAGAGGUAAUGGAAAAAUUACAUCUAGCAGAAAUAACUACAAAGGACAUAGAAAUAUUUCGCGAUGGCUACCGUCCAGUGGCUAAACGAGGCUCUAUUCUAUUUUUCGUUCUGUCAGAUAUGGCCAGCGUUAACAGCAUGUAUCAAUAUUCGCUGUCUUCCUACUUGGAUGUGUUUGCUUUCUCACUGCGUAAGGCGAUGCCGAAUGUGAUCUUAGCAAGGCGUCUUCGAAAUAUCAUAGACAUGCUCACUAAGAACGUUUAUGAUUACGGAUGUACAGGUAUAUUCGAACGUCACAAAUUGCUGUAUUCAUUCCAAAUGGACAUUAAGUUAGAGCAGAGUGAAGAUCGUGUGUCGCAAGCGCAGCUGGAUUUCUUUAUUAAAGGCAACGUGUCGUUGGAGAAGUCAUCACGCCCCUCGCCCGCAACUUGGAUUCCUGCGCAGGGCUGGCAAGACAUCAUGAAAUUGAGCACAGACUUCGAGUCGUUCACACAACUUCCUGACUAUAUCACUAGGAAUUUGGUUGAAUGGCAAGAGUGGUUCGAUAGCGACACCCCGGAGUCAGAAGACAUACCAAACAAAUACCGAGAUCAUUUACAGCCAUUUGAGAUCUUGAUGUUACUACGAUGCUUCCGAGUGGACCGGAUCUACCGCGCACUGACUGACUACAUCACUAUUACUAUGGGUGAAGAAUACAUCACCCCACCUGUCAUAAGUCUGGACAUGAUAUUCGAACAAACUACGCCGUUUACGCCCGUGGUAUUCAUUUUGAGUCCCGGCUCCGAUCCUACGGCUGACUUGAUGAAACUGGCAGAUAGAUGUGGAUUUGGUGGAGGCAAAUUCAAGUACCUGUCACUGGGCCAGGGACAAGAAGGAGCGGCACUGGCGUUGUUAGAGGGUGCUAUAUCCCACGGCCAGUGGUUGAUCCUCCAGAACUGUCAUUUACUGUUGUCUUUCCUGCGGGAGUUGGAGAAGCAGCUCGAAAUGAUGGUCAAGCCACAUCCUGAGUACCGGCUCUGGCUUACUACCGAUCCCACGCCGACGUUUCCUAUUGGAAUAUUGCAGAGAUCGCUCAAGGUGGUGACAGAACCCCCUAACGGUCUGAAACUAAAUCUACGUAAUACAUACUUUAAAAUGAGGCCUCGUGCAUUAGACGAGUGCACGCAUCCGCAAUUCAAGAAACUCGUUUACGUACUCGCUUUCUUUCAUGCAGUCGUACAGGAACGCCGCAAAUACGACAAAAUUGGAUGGAACAUAUCGUACGAUUUCAGUGAGUCUGAUUUCACGGUAUGCAUGCAAAUCUUGCAGUGUUACCUCGAUCGCUGCUACGCCGCCAAAGGACCUAUUCCGUGGGCUACGCUCAAGUAUUUGUUUGGAGAGGUAUGUCCCUAUGAACUUGUUGUUGGGAGAAGGACAAUAAUAAUGAAAAAUACGUAUACGCACUUACCUACCUAG